AUGGCAAAACUUGAACCUUAUAAGGGUGGCUACUAUUUAUGGAAAUAUGUUCCUUCAAUCGCCGCUGCCAUUAUUUUCCUGCUUUGCUUCCUUGCCGCAACAAUAUUCCACUUCCGGAAGCUUUCACAGACUAGAGCGCGCUUCUGCACGGCAUUUUCCAUCGGCGGAUUAUUUGAGGUCGCAGGUUAUGGCGGUCGCGCCGCAGCCCAUCACGAUACAGGCUCUAUAAUACCAUAUGCUAUUCAAAACGUCUUCCUCCUCCUCGGUCCAACCCUAUUUGCGGCAUCUAUUUAUAUGGUCUUGGGUCGUAUCAUCCGAUGUCUACACGCCGAAUCACACUCGCUCAUUCGCAUCAAUUGGCUCACGAAAGUCUUUGUUUCCGGCGACGUUCUCUCGUUUUUGAUCCAAGGCGGAGCUGCCGGUCUCAUGGUUUCCGGGAGCAAUUCCAAAAUGGGUAGUAACAUUGUUGUUGUCGGCCUCCUCAUCCAAGUUAUGAUGUUUUGCUUUUUCAUUCUCACAUCUGUGAUAUUUGAAAUUCGCAUGUAUCGACGUCCCACUGCUAAGACUUUCGCUGGAGGACUUGAUUGGAAAAAGCACCUUCGGACGCUCUAUGCUCUCAGUGCUCUGGUAUUGAUUCGGAGCGUUUUUCGAGUCUUUGAAUACGCAGCUGGCUCUAAUGGAUACCUGAUGGAGCAUGAGUGGCCGAUAUAUGUAUUUGACGCAUUACUGAUGUUUUCAGUCAUGGUCAUCUGGGCAAUCUGGCACCCUGGGACUUUGCAAAAGUUCCUCGAAGAGGAGAAUGCUCAAAUAAGGAUGGAUCAUGAAUUGAGAUGA